CAAGUCCACAUGAACUGCAUCAUGGAGGUUUCCUGUGGGCAAGCAGAAAGUAGAGAGAAGCCUAACGCUGAGGACAUGACAUCCAAACACUACUACUUUGACUCCUAUUCCCACUUUGGCAUCCACAAGGAGAUGCUGAAGGUUGAGGUACGUACCCUCACAUACCGCAACUCCAUGUUUCACAACCAGCAUCUCUUCAAAGACAUGGUGGUGCUAGAUGUGGGCUCAGGCACUGGCAUCCUCUGCAUGUUCGCUGCCAAGGUGGGGGCCCACAAGGUUAUUGGGAUUGCGUGUUCCAGUAUCUCUGAUUAUGCCGUGAAGAUUGUCAAAGCCUACAAGUUAGAUCAUGUAACAACCAUCAUCAAGGGAAAGGUGGAGGAGGUGGAGUUGCCUGUGGAGAAAGUGGACAUCUACACAGUCAGGGUGGAGGACCUAACCUUUACCUCCUCCUGCCUGCAAGUGAAGAGGAAUGACUAUGUGCAUGCACUGGUGGCCUACUUCAACAUCAAGUUCACCCAAAGCCACAAGAGGACUGGCUUCUCCACCAGUCCCGAGUCCCUGUACACACAUUGGAAGCAGACUGUGUUCUACAUGGAGGACUACCUAACAGUAAAAACUGGCGAGGAGAUCUUUGGCACAUUGGAAUGAGGCCCAACGCCAAAAACAAUCAUGAC